CGUGAAUGGUACUCGUAUAUCGCACUCGCAAGUCUAAUUUAUGUGAUUACUUGCCAAUCGAACGAGCUACGGAACGUACAGAACCAAUAUCCCAAUCUCCGAGGGACAGCUAUACAGAAUUAUUCUACCGUCUAAACAUGGACGACGAUCGAGUCUACACGUUACGUUGCCGCGGUGGCCAGACGGUCAUGGUGAAGAAGAAGCUGUUACUGUUGAGUCCCGUAUUCAGGGAUAUGUUAAUCGUUGGAAGUCCUGCCCGCGACAAUACAAACGACGAUAGCGCACAACCUAGACAAAACCGCAGCCACCUUGACACGGACGAGGCCUACACCAUUACCGUCGACGAUGACGCAAAAUCUCUACGCUUGGUGUUCCUCCUUCUUGACGAUGUCAGAUAUCCCGAAGCCGAUUUGCAGGAUUUCGAGAUCUGCGACAUGAACAACGUGAAGGCCCUUGCCGACAAGUACGACCUGUCUAUCGUACCCAGUUUAUUGGUCGGACGGCUCUGGGAAGAAGUAUCGAGAGAAGAUGGCUACGAUCCGCUCUGGGUAUUUGCAGUGGCUGUACACUUCCGGGCCCACCAUCUCGCCCGCUAUGCAUGUAGCAUGGGCGGCAGCUCCGAUCAACCUUCGUGUCAAUAUUGGUGGGCCAUCCAAAAGAUCGGUCUUGAGGCGUACUACAUCCUGUCCGCUGCGGAGAAUAGAUGCAGUAUGGAGGGCGAAUCCUUUUCGUGGAAAGCGAUCGCCAAAGAUCUUGUUUUUCUGGAAGACAUGGACGAAGAUGAAAAGAUCGUUCCCGAUGAUUGGCAACGCACGAUCUCUCCCUUGCGUCCGGCUUUACUCUAUCAAACUAGACGGGUAGCUACCUAUGAUAAGAAGGAAAAUUCGACCUAGCCGAGGCGGACCCUCUUGGCUUGAUUCCCGAUGAGAAAUGAGCGAUACGGAAUGGCGAACAAGGAAGUAGACUCCAUCAAUUUAUGACCGGACUACAUAAUUGGGCUCUCUCGAAUGCUCAACACUCUCGGUCAAGUACGGGCAUUAUGAUGAUAUGUGACUGUUUGACAAGACCGAAG